AUGGUUGUAAACAAUUCCGAAACUCUUUUGUACAAAUGUGCUCAGUUUAGAGACGAGGAGCAGUUCAUAGAUGUUCGCUUAAAAGUUGGUGAAGACAUCUUUGCAGCUCAUCGCAUCGUGCUGGCUGCGAAUAGCGAUUAUUUCUACGCCAUGUUUACAGAUGGAAUGAGAGAAGCAAGUCAGGAAGUGAUCGAGUUGAAAGACGAGAGUAUUUCACCAGAUAUUUUAAUGAUCAUACUGGACUCCAUCUACACCGGAGAGCCUCACCUCAACGAAGAUAACGUGUUUGAAGUUCUUGCUGCAGCAGAUCAUCUUCAAGUGACAAGUGUUGUUCAACAGUGUUGUGAUUUCCUGCUGACCGAGUUUGUGAAGCUUCGCUUUGAUUUUGGACAAUUCUGCCGCAUCUGGAAAAUCGCUGAUAGCCAUGGCUUGAAAGAUCUGCAAGAAGCUGCCGAGUAUAAAAUUGCUAAGAUGUAUAAAGAUGUCUGUGAAAGCGAAGAAUUUUUGACCUACAUCGAAGUAGAUCAGUUAUUCAGCCUUCUCAGCCGAGAUGACCUCAGUGCACCGACCGAGACGUUCAUCUUUAAAUCAGUGAUGCAGUGGAUUAAACACAAGAAGGAAGAGAGAAUGGAAGUUGCGGCCAAAAUUAUUGGAGCCGUUCGUCUGGGGUUGGUGAAUAUCAGAGAGGUUGUGAUAGAAGAGUUGAAAACAGAAGAAAUGCAGCGAUUUCCCGAGGUAAACAUGCAUCUACAAGAAUCCAUGAUGCAUCACUGUAUGCCUUCACAUGAAUUUGCUGCAGAGAAAAUGAAACCAAGAUCAAUGUCUCCGGUGAGAAUAGAAAUUCCUGAAGUCGCUUUCGCUCAAUAUUUUGAUGUUGACACCAAAUUGUGGAAGCCUUUGGCAUCGGUUGCUCAGCUAGAUGAAACGACUGGUGUAUUUUGUUCUGCAGAAUUGAUUGGAAGUUACUUGUUUGUAGUCACAGGGGUGCAAGUUGAGCUAGAGAUGCAAGUUGCAUGUGUUGUAUACCGUUAUCACAUAUUAAAUAACAAGUGGGAGAAACUUCCAUAUUUGAAAAUAAGGGAAUCAUUUGACCCAUGGAACACCCGGGGUAAGAUUUGCGUAUGCUCAGUCAGUGAGUAUUUGUAUGUCAUUACUCUAUCAAAUCCUCCCCAAAGGUAUUCUUUGAGCACUGGCGUUUGGCAAGCUGGGGAAGAGUUGAAUUUUGUCAAAAAUGUACAACGUGACAAAGAAAGGUUCGAAUCUGUGGCGGCAACAGUAAUGAAUUGUAAAAUAUAUGUAAUUCAUGGCUAUCAAGCAGCUGAUGAUCGUAUGUGGGUCAACAAACCAGCGGUAGUGCAUUGUUUUGACCCAGAGAAAAAUGAAUGGGAACGUAAAGCUUCGACCUGCCAUCCUCAUUUUGGGUCUAGUAUUUUUGUAGUCAAUAACAGACUAUGUGUGGCAGGGGGUUCAAGCAGAAAUCGUUCAGGGGCCCAGGUGGUGGAAUUGUAUGACAAACGUAAUGACACCUGGUCUGUUGUGGAGCAGAAACAUAUCCCGAAAAACAACUUAGGUGCAUUUGAAAUUGAAAGGAGGGUGUAUUUCUUAAUUAACAAUUUUCCUAUUGACAGUGGUAUUAGAAUUCCUCCGGAGGAAAAUUAUCCUGUCCACUUAGGUGAUGAAUGGAAAAACUUAGCACAAGUAAGUGAAGAAGCAGUCUUGUGUUAUUUGCCUGUCAAGAAAGAAAACUUAAGAUAAACAAAGAAGUGACAAAUCCAAGGUAAAAAUUUUAGACAUGUAAAAAUCGGUUAACGAACGGAAUGGUAAAGAAAAAGGUCUAGAUACUUGUUUUAAUGUAGUUUACUGAAAAGCCAUAUUAUAAUACUCAACACACACUAUUAAAAUUAACUGUUGUUUCAAAGAAGUAGUUUUAAUAGGUGUGCAAUAAAUAUAUCUUAUUAGAUGUUUUGGUAUGCAGUAUCACUGAGUAUUUUUACGAAUUGUGUUGUAUUUUGACGAGCCCAUAGGGGAGUCAAAUUAGAAACAAUGAGUGCAGUGCAUUUGAAUAAUUUAUGCAGUUGGAUAAUGAAAUAGGUUAUUGUGUGGUUCGUGUACCCUAUCAAUUAGCUGAGGGUAUGGCACAUGAAAACACAAUUUGGUUUUCAAUACGUAAAUUGAGUUAAGAUUUUAAGAUAACAUAGUUAGAAAUGAGGAGGAGUCAUGAAAUAGAACUGUUGGUUAUGAGUAUGGCUCAUGGUAGUGCUGUAGAAAAAAGUACUAAAGUACUAAGUAUGUAAACUGAAAACUGGCAAAGGUCAAGAGGUCAUAAACUGAUCUUAGUCUCGCAAAGGCUUAAUGAGUAUGAUACUUUAACGCUCUGAUUGAUUUUAUUGUGCCAUGUAAUAACCUGAUUGCAUAAUAAAGUUGUGAGUUUAUUG